CAUGAAUAACGUUUUCCUUCAUAAUUUGUUCCCCAGUUUGAGUCGAUGACGACUUUAUCCCCGAAGUCCAAGGAAAUGCACCAAAAUGGUGUCGAAAAUGACGUGGGUGUGCGCGAUUUUAGGUUUCUUUGCUGUUGGGUGUGCUUUCGCACAGAGGAAGCUCCCACUAGGCGUAUUCGACUUCGCGGACAUCAUCGCGAGGAACUUCACCUACACGGAUAAAUCGGGUUUCAUCAAAGCAGUGAUGACGGACGAAUCCCGGCUGAUCCUCAUCACCCGACCGCGGCUCUUCGGCAAAGCGACCGCCCUCUCCAUGCUCCGCUACUUCCUCGAGAACCGCAUUCAUUCGGACACAGCCUGGAAAAUCGGAUUUAAUGAUCUUUUCCAAGGCCUCAGCAUUUCCGAAGACACUGCCUUCUGCAGGGCCCACCGGGGGCAGUACCCCACCAUCCUCCUCUCUUUUGAGAAUGUCUUUGCCGUCAAUUACGAGGCCGCCAAGACUGCCAUCGCUAUCUCUGUCGGGGAGGUUUAUCGCAAUCACGAGUACCUCCUCGACGACGACAUUCUUACAGGGGAGGAAAGGCGCACCUUCGAGCUCGUUCGCGAUAAGACGGCUCCUCUCGCCUACGUCACCGCAAGCAUCGGUGCGCUUUGCCAGUAUCUCCAUCGAAAAAACAACAAGAGCGUCAUCCUUCUCAUCAGCGCUUUCGAGAAGCCUUUUCAAGCCGCAUUCCACAACAAAUACACGGACCCAAUGCGAUCCUUGAUGCACGACCUCCUAUUACCCGCUCUGAAAAACAACCCAUACCUCCUCAAGGCUGUUAUCACUGGCGUCAGUAUCAUCGGGCAAGAAGCCCUCCUUGCGGAACUCCCCGAAGUGCGCCUCCACUCUGUCCUCAACGACCAGCGCUACACCGAGUUCUUCGGGUUCCUGGAGAGCGACGUGCGCGCUCUGGCGGCGGAAACUGGACUCACUGCCAAGCGCGAGCUCUUAGACACGUGGUACCGCGGAUACGACAUCAGUGGCACGUUGCUCUACAAUCCGUUCUCCGUGCUUUCGUUCUUGAGUCAAGGCGGGAAGCCAGGGUUCUAUUGGGUGCGUCAUUCGCUGACGGAGUUCGUGGUGAAGUUGAUUUUCGCGAUGUCCUCGCCCAUGCGAAUGGACUUCGACAAUCUGAUGUUCAACAAAAGUUUGGACAAGAUGGUCUACAACGAGAUGCCGUACCAGAAGUUGGUCAGCCAGGAAGAGCCGUUCUGGACUCUACUUGUUCACAACGGGUACCUGGUCGCAAAGCCCAAGGGACCGCCAGGACUUUACGCUGUUCGUAUGCCUAAUAAGGAGAUCAGAGAUGAGUUGUUUGACAUGUGCAAAAAGAAGAUAGAAGGAAAGAUGGAUACUAAUAAUCCGAAUGUUUCUUACGCGAGGUACACGCCCUCGUAUGCCAAGUGAAGUGGAAGGAUUCUUUUAGUACCGAUUGAUUGUAGACAGACUCUCUCAAGUUAGCCUUUUUUCUGUCUCUUUAUUUAUUCAUACCUGUAAUCUUUUUAUAAUGGACAAGAGCCUUCACAGCUCAUCCGAACAAGUCAGUUACGUGUGCCGUGGUAUUGGGUUUUUAGUUUACUUUAAUUGUUGUAUUUUUGCUCGCCUCCGUAAACAUUUUCAAAGAUUUCGAGAUAGGCAAAAAAUCUAUAGUUUUGAUAUUUUUUUUAUAGAAAAGCGGGUACAAUCCGAGGUGAGGAUUAUCAGAGUGGAUGAACGGGAUUUGAGUGUUUUUGUAUAUGGUUGAAAUUAAUCCAACGCCUGUACGAGAAGAUGAACGUGGAAAAGGGACAACUUCAAGUGGAUCAGGGUUUCCUAAAGAAUUACCAAAAGUGCUCAAACUACUUAAUAAAAAAGAAGAGACGGGAGAAGGAGGAAUCUGACCAUUUUAACUUAACCAUCUUUAAUGUUUGACUGGUAAGAAACAUAUAAUUUAUAAGAAAAACGAAACAAUCGGUUUCAGCUUCACACGCCCGCACUUGUCAUCGAUGAAAGUUAGUCUAGCAUGUAAUCUAAUGACAAUACUCUCUUAUCAAAAUUAGUGGCAUGUAUUGAGACUAUGGAUGAUUCUCUCUUAUCUAUCAAUCGGCUGGGCUCCAUGUGGCAUGCCUGUAGCUGUAACUGUAGCUCAACAUUUGUAUUUCAUUUACGCCAAUGAAUAAUUAUUUUAUUAAUUGUCA